AUGCAGGAAAAGAUCACGCACAAUCACUGGGAGAGGUCACAGACCGGGAGUGGAGUACCAGACAUCAAGGUCCUCACUCCAUUCAAGAGUCAAAGUUCGGAGCUUGCUGGAGAGGACGUCGACCGUUACUGCAGCGACACUGAAGUUGGCGACGAACAGCCAUGCACAUCUGACACGUUGCCCUUAGGCAACAUUGACCCCAAACCAGAGCUGAGAGCACCUUGGAUGUCAACCCUGAGGGCAGCACCAUUGAAGACCUGUGAAGGUGCUCAUCCACACCCUCCAGCAACACAGCAAACUGGGCACUUGUCCCCAACUUUCAUAUCUCACAACCUUGAACAGCACAUGCACAGCUGCUCCCAUUUCACGUGUGUGCGGGAACAUCCAGGGCAUGUUGAGGAUUAUAGUUCCGACCUCCGCUCAGAAAUCAGCGUUGACCGCUCGGUUCCGGCGCGCGCAACGUUGGCAAUCUGGAGGCUGGGUUUGGAAUCGCAAAGGCGCCGCAGCGGGGUCCUUGCGCCACCCGAGCUGGAGACGCGCGGGAAGCAACGGGGCCCCUGGGAGACCGGCCUGUGUCUGUGUCUGGUGGCCGGCCUUCCGGGAGCCGGGAAAUCCACAUUUGCUCGCCGUCUGCUGAAGGUUCUGCAGCCAAAGUCCGAGACGUUGCUGCUCUGCUACGAUGACCUUAUCCCGGGCGAAGCAUUUUCGCUGACAGGACAGGCUGAUGGGGAUUGUUUAACGGAUAAUCCUGCUGCAACGAGUUCACUGUGGAAGCUGUACAGGCGUAAGCUGCUGGAACACGUUGAACACUUAAUACAGGCUAUUUAUGGGAAUGGCUUCCUGUCUGUUUCAGACAGGGAAAGAGAUUCAACGUGGGAGUGUUUCAUUCAGUCACUGAAACAGCAGCAUAUCAUCUCAGGAGAAACCCAGCACGGAGUGCAGCAAUACUCAGUUCGCAACACAUAUUCAAGACCCUUAGUUAUAAUUUUAGAUGACAACUUCUACUAUCAGAGCAUGAGAUAUGAAGUUUACCAGAUAGCAAGGCGAAAUUCCCUAGGCUUCUUUCAGCUAUUUCUGGAGUGCCCACUUGAAUUAUGCCUGCAAAGAAAUCAUGAGCGAGGCUGUCUGGUAAAUGGUGAAACAAUAAUGCUGAUGUCAGCAAAAAUCCAGCCACCUGAUCCUGCAAAAAAUUCAUGGGAAAAGACCAGUUUGAUAAUGAAAAGUGCAGAAAAUGUACUGGAAGAGGAUAUCCAGAAGGUGUUUGAACUACUUGAUGUUUCUUUAGAAAAUCCAGAGAAGCCAUUUGAAGAAAAUGUUGAACAAAAGGAGAUAGAUCGUGCCAUUUGUGCAGCAAAUGUUCUUCAUCAGGCUGAUCAAGCCAUCCGUCGUUUGGUAUCCCAGUCGAUGAAAACUGCGAAAGAUAAAAAACUAUCAAAAUGUAAUAUGAAGUUACUGUCUGAAGAACUUAACAAGCUUAAAAUUGUGCUUUUGGAGGAUCUUCGACGUGUCACUUUCCAAGGCAAUCCAAUAAAGCUGUGUGGUGAUGUUAAUGCAGUUGUUGAAGAAACUGCACACAAAUUUGAUCAGAAAAGAGAAGAAAUUCUAAUGAAUUUUCUAAAAUCCCAGACUUCAUAGUGCCUAGUCCUGUACAAUAUGUCAUAGCUUGAUAUUUUAUGUCUCAGUGCUAAAGCUUACUUAUGAGACUUUGAAUUUUACAAGUCAAAUUAUUCUCCUGGAAAACUGUGAGACCUUUUACAUGAUGCUUGAAAAAUUGAUAUUACCUUUCUGUUGUUAGAGAAGUACACUGGAGAAUAAAUAGGAAACAAUUGUGCAAUUUAUAACAGCCAUAAACCUGCUGAAAGAUAAAACAAAUCCACUGUAUUAUACCUAGAUGUAAUUCAGAAAUUUCAAGAUUACGUGCUCUUUAUUUAUGUAAACCUGAAGAGGGUUUCUUCAAGCUAUAAAGUCUUUGCAAGAAGUUCCAGUGCAGAUCAUUAAAUGAUAGUUUCCAUUAAAAUUGUAUUUUAUUUAGUGGGAAGUGCAAUAUUUUCGGUUCCUUUUCCCCACUCCAGCUUACUUUCUUCUAUACUGGAGGCAACAACAGUCCUCUGGUUUCUUCAUAAAGUGGUCAUUUAAUGUAAGCCUAGAUAGUGAAUUCAUACACAAUUCGGGGGGCACUGUGUAGCAAUCUGAGGAGGACAUCUUCAAAAUUUUGAUUUCCCCCUCCCUAGCUGGUAAUACUGAAGCUAGUUAUAGCAUCCCAAAUGUGAUCAAUUAACUGGGACCUGGGUGUGGAUAAUUUUAAUAAAUAUUGAAGACAAAUUCAUCAUCAUAAUUUUGUCAUUUAUAAGACCUUUUAUGGGUCGUUGAGUUCCAUUUACCCUUUUGCAGAAUAUGAUGUUUUUUGUUUGCAAAGGUUUUCUUACAGCUGUAAUUAUUGCACUUUUUCUGAAGGGAUAUUGUUCUGAAAUUGAAAAGUUGUAAUAAAAUGUAUUUGGAGAACUUGCAAAAAAAUCUUAACUCAGAAGACACUUGAGUGGUCCUCAUAGCCUAUAGGUUUUAAAACAGGGGUCCUGUGAGAGGAGUCGUGAAUUUCUCUUAUUUUUUCUCUUUCUAACAUACUAUUUCUAUUGGUAUGUGGUAAUAAAAAUUAUUUCUGCAUGAAGCACACUUUCUUUGGGUAAUUCAUGAUGUCUUUCAGAGAUUGGUUGGGGGACCCUGAGUGUUUCAUUAUUUUUAUGGGAUACCUGCACUCAGAGAAUCACUAAUAUGUAAUUAGAACCACAUUUCAAAAGUACUCCUGCACUUUUACUUGGCUGCAUAUAGUUGGCACCAUGAGUACAGGCCAGAAUGGGAAUAAUUCCCCCAUUAAUCAUUUAUUGCUGUAAGUGACUGGGAUUGAUAUGAUGCACAUAAUUUGUGUUAUGUAACUAUCUUCCACUUACUGGAGAAAUAAUUCGGAUGUACUUUUUCUUAUGAAACUAGAAUAUUUUUCAUAAUAUUGUUGUGGUUUAUUGUAAAGUAGGUUUAUGGGUGUGUGUAGAUGUUUCUGUCUGUGUGUGAUUUAAUUGAAUUGGCGUCAGCUAGACUGCAAGCUUGAAAUUAUCAAAAGGAGUUAGGUAUAGAAAUGUACUUGAAAUGCGAAUGAGUAAACAUGGAUGAGGACUUAGCAUAUAAGGUGUGAAGGAAAUUUGCAUUUUUGCAUUCUCAAGGGAUAAGUGAAGGAGUUGUUUGGAUUUCAAAGGGAUGGCAGGGUGUUUACAACUGGCAAGAUAAGCAAGGCCAAGCAGUGUGUUUAUUUUUACCAAAAGGAAAGAUGUCAUAUUGGCAACAUUAAAGAUUUUUUUAUGGGAAAAGUAAAUUUGCAAAGCUAUGUGGAACAAUAGAAUUUACAGAUUAAAGAGAGAGAAACAUAUGUAAUGGGGAAUGAAAGACCAUGUUGGGGGGCCAUGUAAGAUCUAACAGGAGUGUGUGAAACAGCCUUCAGGAAGCCUCCAGUCAUUUUUGCAAAAGUCUGUUGUGCAAAGUAACUAAAGUUGGAGAAGAGCCUUUGGAAUUCCACUGUUGAGUGGGUGCUGUGGUAACUUGCUGGCUUGCUUUUUAAAUGUAAAAUCUAUUUUGGACUGUUGCUUAAAGGGGGUGCAUAGUUGGGAGUCAAGUUAAUUAAGAGUUAGAAUUUUAGGCUUUGUUAUAGUAUUAAGUAGCUGUAAACUUAUGUAUGUGCUUGAAAUCUUCUUUUGUUAAUAAAAUAUUAAUUUUUAACAUC